UUCCAUUGUAGCAAGGAAUAAGAGAAGAAAAGAAUGGUGGGACAAAGCUUGAGAAAUCUCAAAAUUGUGGUGUUCAUCUUCCUAGCCCUUACUUCUGGAUGGAUGGUGGUGCAGACAGAGGGGCGGACAUGCUAUAAGCACAGCGAUGCAUUUAUAGGACCGUGCAUUGCAGCAACAUGUGCUGAACUUUGCAUUUCUUUUGAGAAGUGGGAUGACGGAUUUUGCUCGGGUGAUAAAUGCACUUGUACGAAGCAAUGUGCUGAGUCCAUGCUUUAAUGGGUUUGUAAUUCACCACAGUUGUUGCUAUCUGAAUGUAAUAAGCGACUCCAAUUCUACUGAAUUGCACAACAUGUUUACUAAUCAAAGCUUCCUUCUUCCAUUUUAUAAUUUUUA